AUGACAACGGAAACUGGGAAAACAAAAACGAUGAUGGUACAGGUGAUGGAUGCCAAUCGACGUUUGAUUUUCUCCGCAUUGGAUGAGAUAGAAGGACAGAAGACACUUGUCUGGAGAAAUCGUGAAAUGAUGCGACAUGUGAAUUUGUUUGCUGGAGCGGCUCUUUUGAAAGAGCACGAAGUGACGGAAAUGUUCGCCUUUUAUCAACCAGGUGAAGCAGCGACAAGACAUGUCAUUUAUCUUCUGCCACCCACUGUCGCUGCUGUUGAAGAACUUAUCGAAUACAUGAUGAAAAUCAAAAAUGAAAACAGCCUUAAUUAUGUCUAUUUCAUUCCCGAUGAUUGGUUUGUUGCUCGAGAACGUUUGAAAGAAUGUGCAUCGAUUUAUUCGAAAAUCGAAUGGGUUCGAGCUCUUCCCUUAUCUUGGUUGUCCUCACCAAUCGAUGUCAUCACUUUGAAUUUACCCGAUUUACACAGUCGACUUUUGUUGAACGGAGAUUGGACUUAUUUGCACAAAUGUGCUCGAUCAUUGGAGCAAUUGAGCAGUUGGUGCGGACAUCCAGUUCCAAUUUAUGCAAAGGGCAAAUGGGCUGAACAGAUCUUGAACAUGUUUGGCAAAAUAAGAAGUCAGCAAGAGAAUGUGGCACCGCCAAGUGUAUCAACUCUAUCAGUUGGAAAAAUCAUAAUGGUUGAUCGUUGGAUGGAUCCAGUCACUCCACUUCUUACUCAACUCACCUAUUCAGGGCUUCUUGCUGAGGUUUAUGAUUAUCAACUCAAUGGAAAAAUUAUUGUACCAGAAGCUGAUUUUGAGGGCAAAGAAACCAAUGGAGAUAGUGGCAGCAAAGAAAUUCCACUACCCGAUGAGGUUUUUGAUCGAGUGAAACACGCUCAUUUCAACGCGUUUUCCAAUGAGAUAUCUCCAGUUCUGAAAGAAAUUCGAGAAGAUGAAAGUCAUGAUCGGGAUAAAAUGUCAGUGGCAGAAAUCAAACAACUCGUGAAAAAGCUGCCCGCCAUAACAUAUAGGAAGAAAUUAGCAAGUCAACAUAUGAGAUUGGCUGAAAUGCUUGAAGGCCCUUUCUAUGACAGAUUUGUGGACACAUUCUUAGUUGAGAAAGAUAUAAUGUUGAGUGAUGGUGAAAAAGGUGACAAAGUAAACAGCCAUAUCGAGGAUGCAAUCAUUGAAGAUCGACCAUUAAAUGAAGUGCUCAGAUUGAUAGCCUUGCAAUCAUUAUGUUCUGGUGGUCUAAAAUCAGGCGUUUUGCAAGUGUACGAUCGCCUUAUUUUACAUACAUAUGGCGUUGUGGGAAUGGAUAAGAUGCUGAAAAUGAGAAAGAUUGGAAUGGUAAAAGAAAGAGGAGCGACAAGAAUGCAAUGCCAUGAUUACGGCGUUCCUCAGUGGACAAGUCUCAAAAAGUCACAGAGACUUCUCGUUGAUGAAGAUGAUGAACUUUCAAUGACCGAUCUCUCAGCACCAUAUUCGGGCUAUGUCCCAUUGCUCGUUCGCUCAAUUGAAGAGGGUGCAGCGGUGAAUUUUGCUGGCUGGCAAUCGAUUAUCGACGAAGAAAAACGAGUGUCUUCACAUGGAGCAAUUGUAAUUGUUAUUGGUGGAAUAACAGCCGGAGAAGCGGCUUGUCUCAAACGAAUGCCUUUUGUGAGUCUCAUUGCAUCAAGUGAUAUCACUAAUGGAAAUCGUUUUCUUGAUUUUAUUACAAAUAUUGUCGAU